GUUCUUGAACUUGGCCACGGUUCCGGCUGUGUUGACCGUCCUCCUCCUCCUCGCCUCUUCCGGCAGGUUCAGCAGCAGCCCGAGGUGGUCAUCCGUCUCCGAUGGACUCUCCAGCUUUUCUUGAACUCGGCCAACGUCCCGGAAGUUCGGACCGUCCUCCUCCUCGCCUCUUCCGGCAGGUUCAACAGCAGCCCGAGGUGGUCGUCCGUCGCCGAUGGACUCUCCAGCUUUUCUUGAACUCGGCGCCAACGUCCCGGAAGUUCGGACCGUCCUCCUCCUCGCCUCUUCCGGCAGGUUCAACAGCAGCCCGAGGUGGUCGUCCGUCGCCGAUGGACUCUCCAGCUUUUCUUGAACUCGGCCAACGUCCCGGAUGUUCGGACCGUCCUCCUCCUCGCCUCUUCCGGCAGGUUCAGCAGCAGCCCGAGGUGGUCGUCCGUCUUCGAUGGACUCUCCAGCUUUUCUUGAACUCGGCCAACGUCCCGGAUGUUCGGACCGUCCUCCUCCUCGCCUCUUCCGGCAGGUUCAGCAGCAGCCCGAGGUGGUCAUCCGUCGCCUUUUUCCCCGAACGAGACCACCAAAAUUAUCGCGAGAGUUCACUCCUAGACACUUCACCACUUCAGUCGAAACACAUAAACGGACACUCCGAACACGGAACACGGACACGGACAGGGUAACGGCACUCGGAACAAGCAACACAAAAAAAAAAUUCCCGGGCGGAUGCGGACGCGGAACGAGCACGACGU